AUGUCCCUCUCCCGUGCCGAAAACCCGUGUUUCCUGCUGUUUCUGUUUGUCUUCCAAGCGGUAUUUAUCCUGAUACUCUACCGAGGUGGACCUUCACAUGUGUUCCGGGGGUUUUUACACGCACCGCAGGUCCUGGAUUACUCCAAACCUCACGAUGUGUACACAAACCUCAGCUUGUUUACCCGAGCUCCUAAUGAAGACGCUAAGCCCUACUGCUCGGCACAGUCACCGAUAUUUGUCGGACCAUUAACCAUCACCUUCAGAGUGCUCCCUAGUGAAAAAAUGAUCAUCAGGAAAAACCCUUUCGUUCAGGCUGGUGGCAGCUACAGGCCACCUCACUGCCUGGCCCGCUACAGAUCUGCCAUCCUUGUAGCCUACAGGAACCAGAAGAAGUACCUUCAACACCUUCUCUACUAUAUCCAUCCUUUCCUGCAGCGCCAGCAGCUCAGUUACACCAUCUACUUGAUUCAGCAGGUGGGAAAUGGUACCUUUAACCGAGCAAAGCUGCUCAAUGUCGGUGUCCGGGAGGCCCUGAAGGAUGAAGACUGGGACUGUCUGCUCCUGCACGACAUCGACCUGGUACCUGAGAAUGAUUAUAACCUCUAUGUUUGUGAUGAGUACUAUCCCAAGCACAUGGCCAGUGCUAUGGAUAAGUUUCAGUACACUCUGCCAUAUAAGUCCUUUUUUGGGGGUGUAUCUGCUCUGACUCCAGAACAUUACAUGAAGAUGAAUGGGUUUCCAAACACAUACUGGGGCAGUGGUGGUGAAAAUGAUGACAUUGCUACAAGGAUUCAGUUGGCAGGAAUGAAAAUAGUCCGGACCCCACCUCACCUGGGACGCUACAAAGUUAUGGACUAUGAUAAAGGGAUGGAGACACAAGAGCCUUGGAGAAGGCCUGCUUCCCACCACAACACCAGGAAAACAUGGAAAGAUGAUGGAAUGAAUUCAUUAGAGUUCAAGCUCCUCUCCAGGACUAAGCAUCCUCUUUACACCAACAUCACUGUGGACAUCGGUUAUGUUCCCCCCUUUUCUUAGGGGAAUGGAAACAAAAGGGGUUCUUG